AUGGAGGUCACAAAUAGUCAUGAGCGGCGGAUGUGCGUCGACUACAGCUCCCUCAACGACGUCACUGUCCCGGAUACUUUCCCGCUGCCCAUCAUCGAAGAUCUUCACGACCAGCUAGGCGAAGUGGAACACGUGAUCACCCUCGACAUCAAGGCCGGCUUCCACCAAAUCAAAAUCAAGGAGGAAUACAAACCGAAGACCGCCUUCGCCACCCCUACCGGACUAUACCAAUUACGCGUCAUGCCCUUCGGACUUAUCAACGCUCCAGCCACGUUCCAACGGAUGACGACCAAACUCCUCGAAGAUCGUCUAGAGAGUGGGUGUCUCGUCUACAUUGACGAUAUCGUAAUCUACGGUAGCUCGUGGCCGUCACUCAACUUCGAAUGGGUACUCCUGAAACUGCGCGACCACGAAGUAUUUCUCAACAUCCGCAAAAGUCACUUCGGCCUGUCCGAGUUCGAAUACUUGGGCGUCACCAUCCGAGACGGGAAGGUCUACCCUUUCAAAAAGUCCAUCGCCACCAACCAACGCCUCUCUCCCCCGGAAGACGUCAAUGGCGUUCGACGCCUCCUAGGCCUGGUCGGAACUGUGGAAGAAUUCGUCUGGUCCGACGAAUGCCAACGGAAGUUCGAGGACAUCAAACAUCUACUCACUGCAUCCCAACCGUCACUGUGUCUGCUGCGCUCCGGACUGCCUUUCUGCCUGGACACCGACGCGUCCACAUACGCCAUCGCCGGCGUACUGCAGCAAAGAGAAGGCGAUACCACUCACGUCCUCCAAGUCGCCUCGAAGAAACUCACCGCCGCCGAAGCAAAGUGGCCCAUCUAUGAACUGGAAGCACACGCCAUCGUGUGGUCCAUCUUCCGCUUUGCCCACUACCUCAGAGGGAAGGAAUUCAUCGUCCGCACUGACCACCAAAGCCUCAAAUGGCUCUGGAACACGGCGAAACCGCGCAUCGCACGUUGA